AUGCCUUAUGUGGAUCGUCAGAAUCGAAUUUGUGGUUUUCUAGACAUUGAAGAAAAUGAGAAUAGUGGGAAAUUUCUGCGCAGAUACUUCAUCCUGGAUACCAGAGAAGAUAGUCUGGUCUGGUACAUGGAUAAUCCACAGAAUCUUCCUUCUGGAUCCCCACCUGUUGGAGCUAUUAAACUCACCUACAUUUCAAAGGUUAGCGAUGCAACUAAGCUAAGGCCAAAGGCAGAAUUCUGUUUUGUUAUGAAUGCAGGAAUGAGGAAAUACUUCCUACAAGCCAAUGAUCAGCAAGACCUAGUAGAAUGGGUAAAUGUUUUGAACAAAGCUAUAAAAAUAACAGUACCAAAGCAAUCAGAUCCACAGUCUCAUUCUGAUAGCUUAAGUCGCCAAGUUGACACUCCAGGUGGAAAAAAGCAAGUGUCUUACAGGACAGAAAUUGUGGGUGGUGUACCUAUAAUAACACCAACUCAGAAAGAAGAAGUAAAUGAAUCUGGUGAAGGUAUUGACAGGAAUAAUCUGAAACGGUCACAAAGCCAUCUUCCUUACUUUACUCCUAAGCCACCUCCAGAUAAUGCAGUUAUCAAAGCUGGUUAUUGUGUCAAACAGGGGGCAGUGAUGAAGAAUUGGAAGCGAAGAUAUUUUCAAUUGGAUGAAAACACAAUAGGCUACUUCAAAUCAGAACUGGAAAAGGAACCUCUCCGGAUAAUACCACUUAAGGAGGUUCAUAAAGUUCAAGAAUGCAAACAGAGUGACAUAAUGAUGAGGGACAAUCUCUUUGAAAUUGUAACAACAUCUAGAACCUUUUAUGUGCAGGCUGACAGUCCAGAGGAAAUGCAUAAUUGGAUUAAAGCUAUUUCUGGUGCCAUAGUAGCACAACGGGGACCUGGAAGAUCAGCAACUUCUGUUAACUCUAAUCUUAGCUUUGCACUGUGUUCCAGAUGCGGCAGGCCAGAAGGCUGUCGAAUCCUUGUAUACCGAGGAGCAUUCCAACUGUUCUUCAGAAUCCAACUAUGCUUUCCGUUCUGCCAGUGCAACAGCAGCCACCUCACAUUCCACAGCCCCUCGCCACAACUCUCUGGGCUCAAGCUUUACCAUGGAGAAGCGAGGAUUUUACGAAUCUCUUGCCAAGGCCAAACCAGGGAACUUCAAGGUCCAGACUCUCACUCCAAGAGAACCAGCUUCCAAAGUGACUGUACAAGCUGUGCCGAAACCUCAAAAUCACAAUGGCCCUCAGGAAAGGGAUAAUGACCUAGUGGAUCUGGAUGAUGCAAGCCUUCCAGUUAGUGAUGUGUAGAAUGGAAGCUUUGGGAGAGAAUGAUCCAUCCCUUAAAUGCUUGGUUUCCUUUUAUAGGGGCUUAUAGCCAAAGAUGAGAAGGAAAGAAAUGGAGAGGGUAAAAUAGAUUUGGGGAAGACUUACAUGAAAUGUACUGCCUCUAACCUGUUUUUCUUAUUAUCCGGUAUUCCCAGGUAAUAUAGAGAAUGGCCAAAUAUUAGAACCAAUCUCCUAAAAUGCUAAGAACAUGUUUCAGUACUAAUCUAAAUUUGGUUCAGUAAAUACUGAUUAAGCACCUACUAAGAAAUACAAUGUUUUCUUCUGAGUGAUUGCACAUUUGUGUAAAUCAGUCUUAGAGAAUUUGAUAAUUUCAUACAUACCAAAUUAAAAACAUUCACUCUGUAGGGGGGUGGGAGGAUUAUAUUUGUCUUUUUAAAAAAAGGUUGAUAUGAAAAUUCAUUUAAAGUAUUUCAAUGUCCAGACCUUUUAAUUGGUCAGCAUUCUCUUUUGAAAAGUUACCAGGCUAAGAUACUAUUUGCAUCUUAAGUCUGUGGUGCUCCAAAAUUUUCUUUAGAAUGUUGGUGAUUUUGGAAAUUAGACCUUUUUUUUUUCUUCUUUUUUUUAAAUGCACUGGUUCUUAAGGUGAGUGGUAACUUUUGCACAUCAGGUAUUAUUGGACCAUCUUUAUAAGGGUUCGGUUGGAUUGUGCUAAGGGAAAAAUGGGAACUCAAAACUACUACAUCCUAGACAUUUGAACUAAGUACAUUUUGUAUUAAAUCAGGCCUUGCUUUGUUCAAUAAUGAAAAUUGUUUUAAUUGGUAUGAGUUUUUUGCGAGAUUUGAUUUUUCUUAUCAAUGUUUUGUGAAUAAUUCUUGUUUCUAUAUUUGGAUCAGUGGAAGACCUCAAGUUUAUUUUAUAUGUAAAGACAUUAUUGAUGAACCUCUCUUAGUCAUUCAAUUGUGGCCUGUAACUUUUGUCACUGAUAAUCUAUAUUAAGUGCCUGUGUUUUCUCAUUUUGUUUCUAAACAUUUUGAGAUCAAUGUGUUCAUGACCAUACCUUACUGGUUUAAAACCUUGGGAUGAGAUUGUUUUUGAGUAGUAUAAUUUGUAUUAAACUAUUUAAGAUAAUGUCUUAUGCUAGGGAUAUCAGAAUACUGAUAUUACAUCUCCUAGCUGUGCAAUAUGUACAUUUCUAAAACUGAAUUCUGGAUAUACAUUAUAUUAUACAAUGUCAUAAAUAUGAACAGUACUUCUAAGGAAUCUUUAAAUUUCAGAUAUUUAAUAGUAAACCUAAAUUGAGCAUGUACCAUUUUGUGAUUCAGUUUUGAAAACAUUUGCUUUAACCAAACAAUCUUGAAUUUUAUGUGCUGCUAUUUUUGUGAUUAAAAUUUGCCAUUUUGCAGUAGCUUGUUUUCUGCAAAUUAAUAGAUAACAUGUCAUGUGGGUCUCUUUUUAUUUUCCAAAUUGAAUUCUUGUCUAUGAAAUACUGAAAUUUUCUACUAAAAUAGUGGGAUCUAAGGGUCAAGUAAUCUGCAUAAUGGCAGAAUUAAAUAUAACAAUUAAAAAAAUCAGAAUGGAUAAAGGAUGCCAUUGUUGAGGGUUUUUUUUUUAUUCAUA